CCACCCGGGCGCGCGCGGCGGGCGAGGCGCGCUGGACAUCCUUGUCUCUGCCCAGGAGGGCGGGGGCGGGGCCUGCACGCCACACCUCCUCAGUCUCCAGCCCGGGGGCAGGGACGUGGCUGAGAGAUUGUGCGGGCGGAGGGUACCGCGGGCCUGGGGCGCCCGUCGAAUGAGCGGGAAAUCGGGGAACACCCUCUGCUUCCCCAGGGUGUCCAAUACGAAAGGGGAUGGCACCUGCGGGAAAGGAGAUGGGAGAUGAGACGGAAGGGUCCGGGACUCCUGCGAGCCCCAGAGCCCUCAUGGAACAGACCGCGUGGGGGCAAGUGAGCUCCAAGGUCCUGGGGUUCCGGUCCCGGCUGCGCCUCACGUUGCGGUGAGGGCGCACGCAAGCCCUUGCUUCUCCCUGGGCAUCUGAUCCCCAUUCCUCGGAAAGACAAGGCUAGCACCUGCCGGCACCCGCGAGGUGCGAGGCCUCCCCUCUGGUCUGCCGCAGGAUGCACCUCUCCGCCGCGGCCCGGCUCUGGGGACCCCCGGGGCUGCUCCUGACGCUCGUCCUGCACCCGACUCUGUGCGUGAGCUCCCACCGGGACUACUGCGUGCUGGGCGCGGGGCCCGCGGGCCUGCAGAUGGCCUCCUUCCUGCAGCGGGCCGGCAGAGACUAUGUGGUCUUCGAACGUGCGUCGGCCCCGGGCAGCUUCUUCACUCGCUACCCGCGGCACCGCAAGCUCAUCAGCAUCAACAAGCGCUACACAGGAAAGGCCAACGCCGAGUUCAACCUCCGCCACGACUGGAACUCCCUACUCAGCCACGAUCCCCGGCUCCUCUUCAGACACUACUCCCGCGCCUACUUCCCUGACGCCGGCGACAUGGUGCGCUACCUGGGCGACUUCGCAGACAGGCUGGGGCUCCACGUGCUGUACAACACCACCAUCACCCACGUCACUCUAGACAAGGACCAGCGAGCCUGGAACGGCCACUACUUCAUCCUGAUUGACCAGAAGGGCCAUACAUACCAAUGCAGUGUCCUCCUUGUGGCCACUGGUGUGUCAGUCCCCAACCAGGUUGACUUCCCUGGCUCUGAAUACGUGGAGGGUUAUGAGUCUGUGUCCGUGGAUCCUGGGGACUUUGUUGGUCAGAAUGUGCUGAUACUGGGCCGCGGGAACUCGGCCUUUGAGACGGCAGAGAACAUCUUGGGUGUCACGAACUUCAUCCACAUGCUGAGCCGCUCCCGGGUGCGGCUGUCCUGGGCCACCCACUACGUUGGAGACCUCAGAGCUAUCAACAAUGGCCUGCUGGACACCUAUCAGCUGAAGUCCCUGGACGGACUUCUCGAGUCGGACCUGACAGAUCUGGCCAUCGUGAAGGACCACGAGGGCAGGUUCCACAUCACCCUGAAGUUCUUCCUGGAGGAAACCAGCGCCAACCAGAGUGCUGAUGCCAUCCCCCUCCCCCAGGACGACAACGACAACUUCGCCAUGCGCGUGGCCUACGACCGGGUCAUCCGCUGCCUGGGCUGGAGAUUCGACUUCUCCAUCUUCAACCAGUCCCUCAGACUCAGCUCCGGGAGCGAGUUCAGCAAGAAGUACCCGCUGAUCAGAGCCAGCUAUGAAUCCAAAGGCAGUCGCGGCCUCUUCAUCCUGGGCACCGCCAGCCACUCGGUGGACUACCGCAAAUCAGCUGGGGGCUUCAUCCACGGAUUCCGGUACACAGUGCGAGCCGUCCACCGGCUGCUGGAGCAUCGGCACCAUGGCGUGGCCUGGCCCUCCACCGAGCUGCCCAUCACACAGCUCACCAACGCCAUCAUCCGGCGCGUGAACGAGGCCUCGGGGCUCUACCAGAUGUUCAGUGUGCUGGCUGAUGUCAUCCUGCUCAAGGAGGGUAAAGGAGGAGGUCAAAGUCACUGGUGGAAACCCUUCGGCACCAAGGUGCAGAAACAGGGCACCCCUGGGAGGUCGGUCCCCAGCAUCGGAGUCAGAGUUCCCACACUCCGGCCAGGACCCACUCGGUCCAGGAACGCCUCGGCCUUCGAGUACCUGGAGGAGUUCCCCAUGCAGAUGCUGGCCCAGCUGGAGACGCUCACCGGGAGGCCGGCCAGGCACGGGCUCUUCGUGGUCAACAUGGAGUACGGCAAGAACUUCUCUGGGCCCGACAAGGAUGUCUUCUUUUAUGACCGGUCGGUGGGGCACACCGAGGACGCCUGGCUGUCCAACUUCCUCCACCCUGUCAUCUACUUCUACAGACGCCUCCCCACCGAGCAGGAGGUGAGGUUCCGCCCCGCACAGUGGCCCCUGCCGCGGCCCACAGCCAUCCACCACGUCGUGGAAGACUUCCUGACCGACUGGACCGCGCCCGUGGGACACAUCCUGCCCCUGCGGCGCUUCCUGGAGAACUGUCUGGACACCGACCUGCGGAGCUUCUACGCAGAGUCCUGUUUCCUGUUCACCCUGACGCGCCAGAAGCUGCCCCCGUUUUGCCAGCAGGGGUACCUGAGAAUGCAGGGGCUCAUGGGCACCGAGAGCCUGCGGCGGCAUGGCGUGGAGAGUGGGCUCCUGCAGGACUAUGCCACCAUGGACGAGCCCCUGGAGGACAGCAGCCAGCAGCCUGGGGAACACGGGCCAGAAGGUCACCGCCUGUCUCGGGGGCCUCCACACCCGUCCCUUGACAGCAACAAGGAGGAGCUCUGACAGUCCUCCUGGGCUGUGGGCACCGCGGCCAGGCCUCCCCACAGGCCACGGUCAGCCCUCUCUCCCCGCAGUCCCCUCCACUGAUGCAUGACGGCCCAAGGCCACUCAGGCCUUGCCAGGUUGACACCAGAGCCACCCGCAGAGCCAGCAGCAGUGGGGCUGCUGCAGCACCACGGUCCCCCUGGCCUGGUCCCUGGUGCCCAGGAAGCGGGGUGAGGAGAAGGGCAUCCUCUGCUGGUGUGAGCUGCCUUCUAACGCCGAGCUCUUCCAGCUGGACCGUCACUGAGUGCCAGGCUGGCCCACUCUGUCCCCUUCAAGGGCCCACCUGCUCCUUUCCCUUCACUCUUGUGACAGGUCCAGAGCCCACCUGGGACCCUUCAUGGUGAAACCCACCCUCGUUGUCAUCAGCGUUUCUGGAGGCACUUAUCUUCAGGCGCCCUGAGGGUUUGCAUGGCGGAGAGAAGUCCCUGCAAGGCCACCUGGUGCUGAGCUGUGGCUCUCCCAGGGUCAGGGUCAUGCCCCAGCCGCUCUGCAUCCUGUGUCCUGAUCCCCACCCCUCCCCUGGCCUCUGGCGUCCUGAAGCACACCUUGCUUGGACCCGCCCCUGCCCAGUAUAGUGAAGCUGUUUUGCACCUGUCACAUGCACCAGGGGACAUGAGCAGAUGCCCCUGGGUGGCAGCAAUGGUGAGUCAUUCCUGGUUCCCUUAACUCUGCAGCUGCUCUUGUCCCUCGUCACUGGGUGCCCUUCGGGGGUUUCUCUCGUUCCUGAGGCAAGGCCUGCGCCUGAGCCUGGUGGUCACUUUCUCAGGGCUGCUCACGAGUUCUUCAUGCGGCCAUUGAAAAUUCCAAAGCCCCUUCCUGGGCUCCCCCUCUUCCCCUCCUGGCUAGUUCCAAAGCCCCUUAGCCACUGUCCUAGCUGUAUGCUCAGUCACCUCCUGUCCCUGGCAGAGUUCCAACACUGCAAGUCCCACACUUCGCCCACAGCAGGGUGACUGUCACCCCCAUGAUCCUACCUGGGACAGUUUGCACAGCACUGAAGCUCGCGAAUUAAGGGUUUUUCCUGAAUCCCAGGUGUGGUGUUCACUGAAUUUCACACAGAUCUGAGGCAAGCCCACGUAGGACCCUGUGGUCCCCCCUGCCUUUUCCAAGUCAUGCUUUAAAUGAGUCUUUUAAAUGGGGCUGUGCCCAGUGUCCAAUCCUGUUCCCGAAGCCCUGGGGCUAGCUGAGCCACUUGUUCAAUAACAGUUUGAGGUGCCGUAACAAGUGGUUGGCGACGCCUCGACAUGUGACAUCUGUUGCUGCCUUCAUCUGCCAAGUCAAUCAUCCCACCAAAAUAUCAGCCAGCCUUAUUUGCUUUUAAGAAGGCAGGAUUCCAUUCUUGCUCAGUUGAUUGGCGAUGUCUUCUCUGGUUUUCUUGAUUUUAAUGAAGAUCACUGUGGCAUUUGCCGAAUCCCCCAGCUGACGGUCACAGCGGUCCCUGCCCCUUCCCUUGGCCUGCCUCUGGUGCCUGUGGCCUCGGGGUGCCAUGUGCAGGUGGCUGCUGCCUUCCUGUGGUGUUAGAGAACAUUUUCUUUUUUCUUCUGUUUCUGUCUUGGUUUCUGGUACUGGGGGUGAACCCUGGCCUGGAGUAGGUGAGCACACACCCCACCACCCAGUUCCCCACCCCCGGGCCCAGGUGGGUUUCUAACAUUGCCCUGGCUCUGCGAAUGGACGUCUUCUAUGAGCUUGAGUGUAAGGACAGCGAGUGCUGUCACCCUCCAGCACGGCCAGCUCCCUGGGUGUGGAUGAAAUGGAUUCACAUUUCCACUUUUAUACCUCGAUUCAUUUUUUUGGCAAGUCUGAGCAGCACAGGAGUAGAGCUUCUGCAGCUGGACCAAGUUCCUCUUUUAACUGAGGCCUGACUUCAAUAAUUCCUCCUUUUUUUAAUAUAAAGUUAUUGGUGCAAAACAGAUGAGCCAGUGAAACAAUCUAGCAUACGUAAAUGUUUUCGAUAAGAGGUGAUUUUAAAAGGAACCCUGCCAUACGCAGGGCACACCUGUAAUCCCAGAGGCUCGGGAGGUUGAGACAGAAAGACCUCAAGUUUGAGGCCAGCCUCAGCACCUAAUGAGGACCUGUCUCAAGGACUGAGGAUGUGGCUCAGUGGUUGAGCAUCCCUGGAUUCAAUCCCUGGUGCCAUAAAUAAAUUUAAAAACAGAAAGGGCUGGGGAUGUAGCUCAGUGGUCAGGUGCAUCUGGAUUCAGUACCUAUUAAUUAAAGAAAGGGAAUCAGUGCUGGAGAUGUGGAGGGUUUUCCCAGCAGGCACAAGGCCCUCGUUCCAUUCCCCCUCAAGGAAAAAAAAAAUCACAAAUCAAUGAAAAGGAUCGUGCAGGACCAUGCCAUGAAUAAUUUUAGCCCAACUGGUUUGUAGUUUCUGGGGAGUUUUGUUUUAGACCCCUCUGUCACACUGAACUACAAAUUAAUUCCAGAUGAACCUUUGAAGCCAUAUAAAAACUCAGGUUGAGGACUUUUCCAGUUCAGAAGUAGGAGAAAUGAAUUUCCAGAGAAAGAGGUUUAACACUCCCAGGACCCGCCGCCAGCCCCUGCUGGUUAAUGUGAUUAAAGAAAAUGGUAAAAAGGCAAAAUAGUACGGGCAAAAAUAAUCACACUGGAAUAAACACAUUAAAAUCAACGUAUUUAUUACACAAGAAUGGUGGACAGCGGGAGAAACGUGAAGCCAGGUGGACUCUUACUGGCUCCUGAAAUGUGGAAAGACUGCGGAGCCCAGAGCACGCGUCACACAGUUAAGUGAAAAGAAGCAGGAGGUGAAGUCGCUUUGGCCACCCGCCUGUAACUGAGUAAAGCAGGAUGGCUCCGCCCAGGGGCCUGGGGACAGAGCGUCCCCAAGGACAGCCAUGUUACCUCUGGGUUUGAAGACGUAGGUGGGGUUCGGGCUUGUUUCCUUUCUCUGCUUUGUUCAAAUUUGUGAUUAUGAUCAUAGUGAAAUAAAUUAAUUUUUGAAAAAGAA